GAACCUGGAGUGAGGAGAAGAGAGACUCACAGCGGGAAAGAAAAAACUAAACGAAACACAUAGGCACAUAUCACAGCGUGAAAUAAUAAGUCCAUGGGACAUAACAUAUUAGAAUGAUCAAUGUUAGCAACAGUUGUUCUGCCAUAUUUUAUUUUUAUUUUUAUUUUUAAUGAAAACUGCAAUACUUUUUUUUCAGGAUUCUUUGAUUAAUAAAAAGUUAAUUUAUUUACUGAAUUUAUUCAAAAUAAAAAUAUUUUCUAACAAUAUAAAUAUUUGCUAUCACUUCUUAACAAUUUAACAUAUCCUUGCUGAAUAAAAGUUGUAAUUCCUUUAAAAAAAAAAGAAUAAACAUUUACUUACCCCAAACUUUUUAACUGUAUAUUGCUCUUCUUUUUAUUCAUGAAAAAAAUCCAAGUUCAAAACAAGUAUUAAGCAGCACAACAGAAUCCAGCACUAUAUAAUAAAUCAGCUUAUUACAAUGGUUUCUGAAGGGUCAUGUGAAACAGAAGACUGAGUAAUGAUGCUGAAAAGUCAGCUUUGCUUCACAGGAAUACAUUAUAUUUUAAUGUAUAUUAAAAAAGAAAAACGUUAUUUUACAUCAUAAUACAAUUUCACAAUAUAACAUUUUCCCUGUAUUUUUGAUCAAAUACAGGCAGCCUCGAAGACCAUAAGAAACUCCUGUAAAUAAAUAAAUAAAUAAUAAUAAAAUAAAAUAAUAAAACCUUAAAAAUCGUUCUUGAUCCCCAACUUUUGACCAGUAGUGUAUGUGCUGACAUCGACCAGGCACGAGAUGGCAGCAAACCCCUGAGCUUCAGCUGAAGCUGUUCCCAGGGGACCCCUAAGUUACUUUCGGUUUUGUCUCAAAUCAUACAUCCUCUAUGUAUUAUCUGUGCCUCUGAUGCGUGUUCCUCGAAUAUUUAAUAUAAAUUCUAGAAGAAAGACGCAUGAAAGUGUAGUUUGUAUGAAUAAUGUAUCCUCUGAAAUACUCCACGACCGUCAUCUGCGCUUUGUUUAUCACCAUCGGAGCUGCUUCUGUUGAAGAAGAGAAAGUUUAUGGUGAAGUCAAUCGUACAGUGUCUUUUGGUGCGACCAGCUUAAAUGCUUCUGUCAGCAGCAUUAUAUGGAAACAGAUAAACGGUGCAUCUGUUGUAAAAGCGAUUGAAUGGGAUGUUGAAGAUGAUGGUGUUUCUGCCCCGAAUCUGAGAUUCAAAGACAUCACAUAUCUUGAUUACACGACUGGACAAAUUACUAUAAAUAAAUUAACUGUUGAACACAGUGGACUUUAUACCAUCGACAUCAACAGUAAAGAACAGGAACAAAGAUUCAACUUGGAAGUUUUGCCACCGGUCCCCAAACCUGUGAUAAAAAUAGAGAAGAUUAAAGUUAUCCCUGAUGCGGUGUAUUUAAUAUGUAAGUACAAUGAAACGAUCAUAUGGAAGAAUUCUACUGGAGGCACACUGCAGGGUUCACCCCACUAUCCGAAUGGAGAAUUUAUCAUAGUUGAAAAAGAAGGAAAUCCAGAUUUCUUCUACACAUGCACACUCGAGAAUGCAGUGAGUGAGAAAACCAGCGAUCCGGUCUAUGAGAGAGAUCUGUUUGAAGAUGAAGAUAAACAGCUUGAGGAGGGAGAAGCAAAACAAAACGAUACACAGCUUGAGAAGGGAGCAGCAAAAAGAAACGACGGUGGAUCUUUGUGGAUAGUUUCCGUCAAGAUCCUAAUCUUGAUACUGGCCCCCAUUAUUGUUUUUGUUAUCAUGUAUAAGUUCUGGCCAACGUUUCAUAAAAUUGUUCACGACAAUUUAAAAGACAAACCAUGCAUAGGAGCGAUUCUGAAACGGCUGGAUGGAAAGAAUAAGGACUAUAGUCUGCCUCCGCAAUUGGUGAUAAUAGCAGAAACAAACGUGAAUGGAGAUCCACAGCCUGAUGGGGAACCAAACGUUCAACAUCUGAAGGAAGAUGGCGAGGAUGAAACUGAAAAAUGAAUUAACCCGAGACUGUAGUGGUAG